AUGAAGGAAUUUUUAGAGGUGUUAACGGAUGACAAGUCUAAGAUUAAAUAUUGUAAGAUAGAAAAGCGUAAAAUAACAACAGAGAAAGGAAAAGAAGUUUUUAAGAAAGGGCAGAUGAUCCCGCAGGCACUAAUUAAAUAUACCGUGAAACAUUUGGAAAAUUUAGAAGAAAGUGGUAUUAUAAGAAAAUCAUCUUCGACAUGGAGAAACACGGUAAGGGCAUUAAGAAAACCUAAUGGAAGUAUACGACUAGUAAGCAAUCUGAUGCUUUGA